AUGUCGUCGUCCAUGCAGUCCAGAAGGGUGCCGCUCUCCGCAAACCCCAAUGCGGCUAACUCGCCCUUGCGGGCCGGGUCCGGCAAUGGCCUGAACGCCUCUGCCGCGGCCGCCGCGUUUGCGAAGCACCGGCGGUCACACGCGAGCGUGCAGCGGGAAGAAAACUACGGAGUAGCACCCCCGGCCAAGAAGCAAAUGCUGGAAAAGGCCGAGACUGUUCAUCCUUCCAUGGCUUCCGCGUCGACAUCGACAUCGCGACGUGUGCCGCAGGUUCAACGCGCGUCGACAUCCCGUUCUUUCCAGACGGAGCGUGGCAUGUCGCACCUCCAACAGCCGGCGCAGCCGUCCCACCACGCCCAGCACCAGCACCAGCAUCACCAUCACGUCCAGGUCUCGGAGAAGGAGGCCGAGGAAGUGCGGCGGUGGCAGCAGAGCCAGCGGUUGCGUUUUCCCAAGCUCGUCUUCUAUUUUGAUAACCUGCCAGAGGACCAGAGUGCUCGUUUGUCCAAGCAGGUCUCGUAUCUAGGAGCCAGAGAGGACAAAUUCUUUUCCAUUGAUAUCACCCAUGUCGUCACGACGCGUUCUAUUCCCACAGACGACAAGAUUGUCACCAAGCGCCGCAUGCAAGACGCCCUCGACGCGAAAGAUGUCGAUGCCGACAGGGCGCCUGAAGCCAGCCACGAGCAGAUGCAGACGAUCAACCCCUCUCUUUUGAGUCGAACCCACGUCAACGAGCUGGGCAUCUCGACAACCUCUCUCCCCGUCAAAAGAAAGUUGUUCGACACCGCCCCGGGUCGCCGGAUGCCGCCCUUUGGCGCCGCCGAAGAGGCGAUUCGCAAGCCGAAGCCGACACGGAGCACAGACAUUCUACAGCGUGCCCGCGAGAUGGGCAAGAAGAUUUGGUCGUUGGAGAAGCUUCAAAAGGUGCUAGACAUGUUGCUGGAGCCGGAUCCGUACCGCAGCGCCGAGCUCGGCCAGCGGAUGCGGAAUGGCAGCACCACGAGUGCGACUGUCAGCCAGCAGGGCAACUCUCGACUUACUGGUGACCAGGCCUUGUUGCAGAUGCUGGACAAGGAGAGGCACACCGGACCGUCCGAUCGUGACCCGACCGUGGCGACACGCGAGUUGAUUUAUUUCAAGGGCCCGUAUAUUUAUGUCUACGACAUCGAGGAAAAGCAGAAGCCGAUCAUGGUCCGCGAAUACCUCAAGGUGGCCGACCGGGAAGAGGGCGACUGGCCGCAGUUGCGGCCUAGUGCCGGCACGCGCUGUCCCUUCAUUGAGGAUACGGACCAGUUGGAGCUACGCGCGGAGAAGAAGCGGGCCCGGGUGCGCACCACGGCCGGUACGGCCGCGCACGAGUCGACCCAGUCUGCCUCUGUUUCCACUGCCGGAAACACGGCUCCUGCAACGGGCACGUCGAUGCAGAAGACGCUUGCCAGCCGAUAUGCCGCUGCUGCCUCUGCGCCGGCAACCUCGAAGCAGGUGACGGGCAAGCGUACGCUGGCAGAGAUGGAAGACGGGCACAAUCGCCAGUCAUCUGUGUCGCAUGGAUCCGCCUUGUCUGGCGCUCCGAAGCUGCGUCCGGCCGAAGGGGCGCUUGGUAGCACCAACGCCGCUUCUGCUGGCUCUGUCUCGUCCACCGCUUCUGCUAUGCCGCCGUCCAAGCUGGCGCGGCCGUCCACGGACUACCAGAACGCCUUUACCAGUCGUGCCAAGUCGGGUCGCUGCUUUGGUGGCGAGCCUGUGGCCUCCGGUUUGCAGGCUGCCGGCAUCACGUCGGCAAUUCGCUCGCAGAUGAUCUCAUCGGCGACAGGCACGCUUGGCGCCCGUGCUGGCACCAGCAAGGAGAUCCACGGCCUCCAGCGCAAGGUUCUCCAGCGGUCCACCACGUCGACGUCGCAGCACGAUCUCAGCUCGCGCCGUAUGACGGACAUGGGCAUGGAUGCCCAGCAGCAGCAACAGCAGCGGCAACAGCAGCAGCAGCGCCCCAACUACAACCGUUCCACGAGCCUCAGUCGGUCAACAGUGGCUGCGCAGCUCAGCACGAAGCUCAACGUGGCCAUGGAGGGCAGCAGGCCAUCCAACGAUGAGAGGCACAAGCGCACGAUGAGUGCGCCGGUGGCGGUGCAGGUCCAGCGGCGGAAGCGCGACCCGAAGCCGGGGUACUGCGAGAACUGCCAGGACAAGUUUGACGAUUUCGAAGAUCACAUUGUCUCGCACAAGCACCGCAAGUUUGCCGAAGACGAGAAGAACUGGACCGAGCUCGACGAUCUUUUGGGCCAGCUGACGCGUUGCACAAAGUACUGA